AUGUGCUUCUUCGAUCAGCACCGCUUUGCGUGCGGCGACUGGAAGUGGGGCCACUUCAGACAGCACUGCAAUCGGGAGUAUCGCAUUGGCGAAACAUGCGGCAUGAAGUUGAUCAUGCAGACGGUGGCCGUCGGCCAGAAAUGCAAGCUUUGCGAGAAGAUCGAUACGAAGAUGCGACGUCGGACGGCGGAAGUAGACCGUAUCAGCCGGUGGCAGCGCGAAGGCAGCAAGUUCAGAGCGUCCAUUGAGAAGGCCAUGGAGAUCAUACGCGGUCUUGACGCUGAGGUCUAUGAGCUCAGUUGCGAGAGACAGAGGCGGCUUCAAGGCAUUGGCAGUGCCCAUUAG